AAUCCUUCCACUCGACGGCUAGCAACGCUGACUUGACAAAGUCUAGCGAAUCAUAUAUGAGCCAAGACUAACUAAGACUUCUUUGUUUAUACGCUACUCAGACAGAACACGAAGAGUGAAAUGACACGCAGGGUGACAUUCAUCCUCGCUCUAGUGUUAGAAAUCGUUUUCGUAGUCUGCCAAAGGAGCUCGAACCAACAGAGUCACCGAAACCUCUAUGGAAAUCAGGAUCAGACACCAUUUCUGGAACACCUCAUGAGCCUCGCUGCAGGAACAAUAAAAUUUUUGCAAGAAGGUGAAAGAUAUUUGAACAAUGAGCUGACAGACAUAACUCCAGAGCAAAAUGAUGCAUACGAUUUCAUCAUCGUUGGAGCUGGUAGUGCAGGUGCAACUAUAGCCUCCAGAUUAAGUGAAAUAAAAAACUUCACAGUGCUACUCAUCGAAGCAGGACGUAGUGAAAAUUUAUUAAUGGACAUCCCGUUAUUGGUUAACUUGUUACAAUUUAGCAAUGACAUUAACUGGAAAUAUAGAACAGAAUCUUCGGACAAAUAUUGUCUGGGGAUGAAUGAUCGUAGAUGCAACUGGCCUCGUGGUAAGGUCAUGGGAGGCAGCAGUGUUCUGAAUUACAUGGUUGCAACCAGAGGAGACCCGAGGGACUACGAUAACUGGGCAAGUUUAGGAAAUGAAGGCUGGUCCUACAACAAAUUAUUGCACUACUUCAAAAAGUUGGAGAGCUUGAAUAUCCCUGCGUAUAGAAAUGACACUGUUUUUCACAAUACUAAAGGUCCUGUGAACAUUGAAUACCCCACAUACCACACACCUCUAGCAGAUGGUUUCCUGAAGGCUGGAUUAGAGAUGGGUUAUCCUCUGAUUGAUUAUAAUGGAAAGGAACACGUAGGUUUUUCCUAUAUUCAUGCAACGUUGAAAAAUGGAGAAAGGGCAAGUACCAACAGGGCUUAUCUUCACAUAGCAAAGAAAAGGUCAAAUCUUUUUCUGACAAGGAACAGCAUGGCAGAGAAAAUUAUCAUUGAUCCAAAAACAAAGAGGGCUGUAGGUGUACAGUUUAACAAAGAGAAUGUUAGCAUCAAAGUGCGGGCUAGAAAGGAAGUUAUUCUUUGUGCUGGUGCUAUUGGAUCUCCACAAUUACUAAUGCUUUCUGGAAUCGGACCCAAGGAUCAUUUGGAAGAUGUUGGAAUACCUCUUAUCAAGGAUGCACCUGUCGGAGAAAACCUGAUGGACCAUAUAGCAUACGGUGGUUUGAUUUUUCUAGUGGAUCAGCCGGUUUCGAUUUUACCAGCAGAUGUGACCAAUCCUUUACAACCAUAUAUUCGACAAUACUUUAACAACAGAGAUGGACCAUUGACAGUGCCUGGGUGUGUCGAAGCUCUGGCUUUCGUAGACGUGGAUCGACCUCGAGAUACAGAAAGUUAUCCCAAUGUAGAACUUAUGUUCAUUAGUAACUCUGUUAUUGCUGGGGCUGGUUUUAUACAAAACGUUGGAAUAACUGAAAGUAUUUGGCAAGAGCUAUUUCGUAAAAAAGAGGGACAACAUUCAUGGUCUAUAUUCCCCAUGUUGUUAAGACCCAAAAGUCGAGGACGGAUUCUGUUAAAAGACAAUCUUCCUUUAUCUAAGCCUAGAAUUAUACCAAAUUACUUUGAUCACCCUGAAGAUAUACGAAUAAUUGUAGAAGCUAUAAGGGCUUCGAUCGAAGUGAGCAAAACAAGAGGCAUGCAAAGAUUUGGGUCCCAUCUGCUCGAGUUGCCGAUUAGGGGCUGCGAAAAUUUCCCGCAUGGAUCAGAUGAAUACUGGGAGUGUGCAGCUAGGACCUUCACCUUCACCAUUUAUCAUCACUCUGGCACGUGUAAGAUGGGACCUGAACAUGAUCCGACAGCAGUAGUUAACCCAAGACUACAGGUAAUUGGCAUCAAAGGUUUAAGAGUGGCCGAUGCUUCCAUAAUGCCAGAAAUAAUUACGGGACAUACAAACAUCCCCGUAAUCAUGAUUGCGGAAAAAGCAGCUGAUAUAGUGAAGGAAGACUGGGGAUACCCAAUUGAUGUUUAGUGACAAUAUAAAGUAUAAAAAGUUAUUUAAAGAAUCCUUGAUUUUUUUAAAUGCUCAUAGAUAUUUGUUGACUUUGUACAGUACUUAAGUUUAGUUUCAGUAUUUUAGUUUUAGUAAUUUAUUAAAUCUAGAAAUUAAUUUUCAAGCUGUAACUCAAGAAGCGUAAAAGUCUGAAAGGAUGCAUGCAUGUGCUGAAGUUUAUAAUAAGUAAUUAGAGGACUUGAAAUGAAUCUUACAUGUAAAA